AUGGCGGCCAAAGAUGAAUACUACGAUUAUCUUUACAAAAUUGUCUUGAUAGGAGACAGUGGAGUCGGUAAAUCCAACAUGCUCUCUCGAUUUACGCGGGAUGAGUUUAACCUGGAGAGUAAAUCCACAAUUGGCGUUGAGUUUGCGACCAAAAGCGUGUACUUGGAUGAGGGCAAGGUCAUCAAGGCACAGAUAUGGGACACCGCGGGUCAAGAGAGGUACCGAGCUAUUACUUCCGCGUACUACAGGGGAGCUGUUGGAGCUCUACUUGUUUACGACAUCACCAAGCGUCAGUCGUUCGAGAACGUGGAAAGGUGGCUUAAAGAGCUACGUGACCAUGCGGAUCCCAAUAUCGUCAUUCUGCUUGUGGGCAACAAAAGUGAUCUGAAGCAUCUGCGUGCGGUUUCCGUUGAGGAGGCGACCAAGUUUGCAAACAGAGAGCACCUCGCUUUCAUUGAGACUUCCGCCUUGGACGCCACAAACGUUGAGCAAGCGUUCCACCAGAUUCUAGCGGAAAUCUAUCUUCUUCGGCAGAAGAAGCAAAUCGAGGAUAAUCCCCAGUCGACUGCUCAACCAGGACGAGGACAAAAAAUUCACGUGAGUUAA